AUGGAACCUGUUCAAUUAGAGAAUUUUUUUUUUAACACAGUGAACUUCUUCAAGUCAUUGUUUAUAACUAAACAGCCUUCCAAACCCUCCAGACAAAGUCCCUUUGCUCAACGCCAUAGAGCGUAUGCUGAUAAGGCAUCCGCAAAUCCAUCAUUCGUAUCUCCCUAUUCAGUGAUUAAAGAUUCUAUCGUAAUUAAAGAUGGUAUAAUUUCGGGUUGUCUUAUUAACUCUGAAAACAAAUCAGAAUUUAUUUUUGAAUUACAUAUACUGGAAGUUGGUGCUGUAAGAAUUAGAAUUAAUGAAAAAAAUUCCUUAAAACCUCGUUAUGAUAAAGUAAAAGAUUGGGCUCUUGUUAAAGAUCCAUCAAUUACUUUAGAAUAUAAUCAAAUCUCUUCUAAGCCAGAAGCAAUAUCUUUUUCUUUUGGCAAAGAAAAAAAUCAAACAAUUUUAAUUCAUCAUUCUCCGUUUCGAGUAGAAAUUUUGGUUGAUAAUAUACCCACUAUCAUAUUGAAUGAUCGUGGCUUUUUUAAUUUCGAACAUUUGAGAGAAAAAGGGCUGAAUGAUCCAGAAUCUAUCGGACUUGAUAUCUCAUUUCCAGGAUUUGGUCAUGUAUAUGGCAUUCCUGAACAUGCAUCAUCACUUUCAUUGAAAGAGACACGAGGAGGCAAUGGCGCCUACUCUGAUCCUUAUCGCUUAUAUAAUCUGGACGUGUGUAAAUAUGAAAUAGACAGCCCAAUGUCACUUUAUGGAUCUAUUCCAUUUAUGAUGGCACAUAGAAAAGGUGCAUCAGCGGCUGUUUUAUGGUUAAAUGCGUCAGAAACAUGGAUUGAUGUAAUCAAGAGUAAAGAGAAUAAGUAUGAUUCAUUAAACCUACCUAAUAGUAAAUCUCUUAACUCGACUAAAACUCAUUGGUUUUCCGAGUCUGGCAUCAUUGACGUAUUCGCUUUUACCGGCAAAACUUCUGAAAUAUUCCGUCAGUAUGGAUUGCUUACUGGAUUUACGGCACUACCUCAAUAUUUCGCGAUUAGUUAUCAUCAAUGUCGUUGGAAUUAUCUCGAUCAGAAGGAUGUUGCUGAAGUAGAUGAAGGAUUUGAUAGACAUAAUAUUCCCUAUGAUGUAUUAUGGUUAGACAUUGAACAUACUGAUGGAAAAAAAUAUUUUACGUGGGACGCUGAUAAGUUUCCGGACCCUGAAAAAAUGCAAAAAGAUCUUAUGAUAAAAGGGCGAAAGCGAGAUGAAAGUUAUUAUAUAUACAAAGAAGCUAGGGAUUUAGAUCUUUUUGUCAAAGAAUCUGAUGGUAAAGAGUACGAAGAGAAAUGCUGGCCAGGCAU